AUGGCAGCAGGCACAAGCAGUGCUAGGGACGCUCCCAAGAGGGUUUGGGCCAGUCUGAUCACCAAUCUCAAUUACCUCCCCGGCAUCCUCACGCUUGCAUACUCAAUCCAGAAAGUGGGCAGCGAAUAUCCCCUCGUCGCCCUCUACACAGAUGCGCUGCCCCCCCUUGCCCUAGCAGCUCUAGAGGCGCGCGGAAUCCCAACACGACGGGUGCCGCAUCUGUCGCCUGCGAGUGGCAAGCAGUAUGCCGACGAUCCUCGCUUCAACGACACCUGGACGAAGCUUGUCGCUUUCAGUCUGGUCGAAUUCGACCGCGUGGUCUUGCUUGACAGCGACAUGAUUGUCCGGAAACCUUUCGACGAGCUCAUGACCUUAGAGCUCGAUGCGCCGGAAAAUACGUCUGGAAAUAGAGUCUUUGCUGCAAGUCACGCAUGUGCAUGCAAUCCCCUGAAAAAGCGGCACUAUCCAAAGAACUGGGUACCAGAAAACUGUGCCUACACCAGUCAGCACACCUCCCCAGAUGAAGCUCAGAUCACCGGCUCUCCAACAUCCUUUGGCAUCGGCAUGCUCAACUCCGGCCUUCUCGUCAUCAAUCCUUCCACCGACGCCUUCUCGCUGAUCGUCCAGGCCAUCAAUACUCCAGAGAUAACCGACAAACAUGAUUUCCCCGAUCAGGGCUUACUCUCUGAGAUUUUCAAGGGCCGCUGGGUACCCUUACCGUAUGUCUACAAUGCCUUGAAAACGCUUCGGUGGAGAGGUGUGCACGACGCGAUUUGGAGAGAUGAUGAGGCCAAAAUCGUGCAUUAUAUUUUCGCCAAGAAACCGUGGAGUAGCAGGACACUGGAGGAAAAGGACGUCAAAGAUGAGUGGGAAACAAGUGACAAGCUGCUGCAUGAGUGGUGGUGGAAAGUUGAUGACGAGCGGAGGGUUGUUGAAAAAGAGAGAGGCAUCACAGAUGAGCUGUGA